AUGAUAGACCAACUGGAUAAAAUAUUUGCCAACUUUGGGAACCCUGAACAAGGUGUGAGUGACAAUGUUUGUGGUGCAGAGUUUGAGGAAUACCUGGAAUAUUUCAGUCAGAGUGAGGGGGAGCCUAGCUUUGAGGGUGACCAGCUGGUUGAAGGUGGGAAGCUGACUAACAGUACGGAAUACCGCGAGGCUCGGCAGUAUCGCAGUCCCACUCACCUCCUGCAUUUUUACUUUCUGACACGGAUUUACUCCGACUACAUGGAUAAUAUCUUAGCCGAUUUCCAAAGAGAACCACAACCUGAUGUCCUUAUUGUUAACUCAUGUAUCUGGGAUAUCUCCAGGUAUGGCUCCAAUUCCAUUGAGCAAUAUCGAGAGAAUCUGGUCAAGUUCUUCACAAGGCUGAAAGAGGUCCUUCUCCCAGAAUGCCUUGUGAUCUGGAACAUGGCCAUGCCACUGGGUGAGAAAAUCAAAGGUGGUUUCCUGAUACCAGAGCUGCAAUAUCUGGAUGUGAGUUUGCGUUAUGAUGUGAUCGAAGCCAAUUUCUACAGUGCCCUGUUGGCUGAUGCUCAUGGCUUUGAUGUGUUGGAUUUGCAUUACCAAUUCCGGUUUGAACUGCAGCACCGUGCAGCUGAUGGAGUUCAUUGGAGCCAUGUUGUUCACCGCCGAAUUACCCAGCUCCUGCUCCAGCACAUUGCGUCUGCCUGGGGUGUGGCUCUGCCCCCUGGGAAAUAUUUUUACACCAGGAAGCUCUACAUUAAGUUGUUUUCAGUGAAAUGCCUUCACAGCAUGGCGUCCAAUUACAGUGUUACUGCAAUUCGUGAUUACUGCGAUAAACUGUUUUAUAAACUACUGCCCCAGGAUCCUUCCUUCAAACAGCAGCUGGAGCUAUACAAAUACGCUGAGCUGGUGAAUGAUCUCUAUCUCCAGGGCAUAUGUUUGAAAUACUUUGCCUGGCACUGUGAGGCCUUCAGCCAAUCAGCAGUGUGGUACCAAAUGUCAGGAAAGGGGCUGGACGCUUUGCUGCAGAGUUCGGAUCUUGUUAUUCGGGAUGAGUUCACCUUGUUCCAGGCAGUCGAGGCCUGGAUUGUUUUGAAUGAGAAGUCUGAGCUGACUGACCAGUUAAUGGGGAAAAUUCGCUUCAACAUGAUGUCCCCAGAAACGUUGAUCUCUAUCCCAUUUAACUCGAGUCUCUACCAGGCUUCCCAGAAUACCUUCAUCCCUAAACUCCUCGAAGCGUUUGAAUUCCAUUCUGUUUCUGUGCAAAAGCUAAAAUAUUACAGAAAUAUCUUGGAUCCUCAGUACCAUCCCAGAACCUACACUACGUUACAUUGGAGCACUGUUCUGCCCAUCACCUCUACUGGAUACAGCCCCUCUCGAGGAUCCACACGGUACUCAGGGAAGUCUUUCUAUAUGACUCCUGCCCCACAUCGCGGUGAAAGCGAGUGGUAUUAUGGUGGCUAUAACCCCUAUCGCUCCUCUCCCAGCUCCUUCUUUCAGACGGCUGAGCACACGAGCCAGCUGUAUACCAACAGGAAGCUCUCCUGGUCAGCUUGGUACCACCACAAUGCUCAGAGGUGUCGAAACAGUAAUAUCAUCUGUCCCUAUGACACUUACCCAGUAGCUGCAUUAACCACUGCCUCUUACACCAUUCCAAUGUCCAUCACAUACGACAACAGAGUGCUCCUGCUCUGUGAUGAUCACCACAUUGCCUUUGUUCAGGACAUGAAGAAUUCCACAGCUGUACUCCCCUCACUCAAUACUACUGGCCUCUUCCUAUUCCCUUGUAAGACAGGAGUUACAUCCAUCAGGUUUGUGGUCAGGCCAAUCUAUACCUAG